AUGCUUGGGAUAUGUGCAAGGCUGAGGAGUUGCAUGAAGAUGUUGCGUAACAGAUUAUUUGUAAGGAACUUCAGAGUGGUUAUUCUCGGGUCUGAGCAGAGUGGCAAGUCUACGAUUGUGUCGAGGGUGUUCGGAGAAUGGCCGAAGCGUUUUAGGAAGCAGAAGGAUGUGGAUGUGUAUGAGUUCAGAGAGGGCAAUAUAAACUACAUGGUGUAUGAUGUGAGCGGGAAGAGGCCGCUGAAGGCAAGGUGGGACCAUUUGUACAGAAUGAGCGAUGUUCUAUUGUACUGUGUGGAUUCGAGUGCUUCUGCAAACGAUCUUGCGAGAAGCAAACAGGAUCUACUGUCUAUGCUAUAUAGGAGCAUAUGGACAAAGAGGAACAUGCUUGUUCUUGGGACCAAGAGCGAGGUUGAUGGAGCGAUUGGCAGCAAGGAGAUGAUUUUUGCAAUGGACUUGCUGUCGAUUGCAGACAGGGAGAUUUCCUGCUUUUCAGUGUCUGCUUCGAAUGGUAUGAACAUUGGGAUGGUGAAUAUGUGGCUGAAGGAGCAGUGUGAUGCAGCGAUGGCUGAUUGA